AUGUCAUUAUCUGAAGAACAAUCACAGAUAUUAAUCACUCUGUCCGAUGCUUGUGGACCAGAGGUGGAUAUUACAGAGGUAGUUCAUGCUUUGAAGUCUUGUGAUUUCAAUGCUGACAAUGCCUAUGAGUUAAUACAGAGGAAGAGGAAUGCUCCUCAUCAAAUACAAACGCAGCAGUCACAGCAGUCGCAGCAGCCACAACAACAACAACAAAUGAAUCAGCAGGCUCAACAAAUACUUGAUCAGCCUCAACAACAAUCACAGAUUCGUCAACAACAACAGCAGCAGCCAGAGCAACAACAGCAUCAACAAGGACCACAGGUGUACCCAUUGGUCCAGCCAAAUGUUCCAAGACCCCAACUUCCACAACAGCAACAACAACAGUAUUAUCCCAACCUUAAUGCUCAAUCUCCACAACAACAACAACAAUAUAUUCAGGCUCAACAAUCACAACAAUAUCAACUACAACAACAAAAUUGCACAAAUGGUCAUCCAAAGCAACUUCGUGUACAAUAUAACAAUGCCGCACCACAGCAACAGCAGCAGCCACAACAACAGCAGCAGCAACAACAACCACAAUCACAAUCACAACCACAACAAGUGUAUCAACAUAUAUCAAGUCCUCCAUUCAUCGUUCCAUCUGCCCCACCCGCUCAGAACCAACAACAUGCCCAGCAUCAGCCAGUACCAUACGUGCACCAGCAACAACAAGCGGCAUACGUACACUCCUCCUGCCCAGUGGCACUUCCCCAUCCACCUCCUGUGGCAUCGUUCUCACAGAACUCGAUACAGAACCACUACCCAAGGGACCAGUUCAUUGUCAAGGCCGAGCACGACCAGGUGGUGCAGGAGCUAGGCAAGACCAAGAGCCAGCUUGAGGAGAAGGAUGUACAGCUCCGUCUCAAGGAGCAGCAGCUCAAGAUGAGUGAGCUUGAGGUGGCGCGUCUCAAUGCCAUCAUCCAAAACAUGCAAACAUCCAGCCGUGCCUUCAUGUCUUCCAUGCAACAACAAAUGAACGAUCGAAUCAAGCAGCUCGAAGGUGAGGCAAGUCGUGAUGAGAAGUAG